AUGAAGCGAUCGGCUGGCUCUCCCCGCUCACUGGCGAGCGGUAUCUGGGAUGGGGGACGCCAAACAACAACAACAAACAACUAGAAGCUGGUCCAACCCAGCUGACAACUAUCGAUGAUCUCCCAUCUCUAAACCACGCUAAGAUUGAAAAUCAAAACAAACACCAUGCGUCUGGGUAUUUGCGAGGUGUGUGCCGCCAAGGAGGCUCUCUACGCCUGCCCCAAAUGCGAGGUGAAGACCUGUAGCCUGGCCUGCGUACUGAUCCAUAAAAAGGAGCUAAAGUGCGAUGGCCGGAGGGAUCGGACCAAGUUUGUGCCGCUCAGCGAGAUGACCGCCCGCGAGUUCAUGAGCGACUACUGCUUCCUGGAGGAAGCUACACGCUACACGGAGAACCGUAAGACGGACAAGUGCAAGGGCUAUACCCAUGAAAACAAAAAUUUGCCCCAGACCCUGCAUCGACUGCGAACCGCCGCCACUAAGCGCAACAUCCACUUGCGCCUGCUGCUCCCCAACUUCAGCAGACGGAGGCAGAACACCACAUACCUGGACUGGAAGCGGAAGCAUCUCUACUGGCGGGUCGAGUGGCUGUUUGUCAACACAGCUCCGGUUGAGGAGGGCAAGACCAUUAGUUUCGUGGACGCCCGCUGCGAUGAGACGCACACUCUGGCGGCUCUGGCUCUGAAGUAUGUGGAUCUGGAGGAGGAGACGGCUCGGGAUCGGCGGAAACAACUAUUCCAUCAUCAGACAGCGGGCAUUGGUCAGCUAAGCUUUUGGCUGCGGGCCGAGGGAGUGCGGAACAGCAGCAGGCGGUGCUAUCUCCUGGAGGCGAAUAAGACUCUGGGGGAGAAUCUGACAGGGAAGACGAUCGUGGAGUUUCCCACGAUAUUUGUUAACUACGAGCAGAGGCCUCCAACGGGCUAUCAACAGAUUGAAAGUGAUGAAGAAAUGGAGGAGGAGGAGGAGGAGGAUCUGGAGGCGCCAAAGACCAGCAAAGUAGAACCAUCAGAGUCUGAGGAAACAACAGAAGAAAUACCUGACAGCGAACUGAAUCACAUUCUCCAGGAACUGGCAGCAUCUCUGGCCAAUCCAGAAGACCCGCCAAUGGACACUGAAUCGGAUACGGAAUAGCUCCAUCAGACUCUUAGAAAUUAUGCUAUAAAGUAGAAGAAUAACCUCCCAAAAACACACACUAUUUUUAAUAUUUUUACAUAAAUGUUGUGUAUUUUUUCAGACGCAUUGAAUUUAGUUUUUAAAUAUAUAUAUAUAUAUUUUUUUUUAGACUAAUUAAACGUUAAGAAUUCAUACCACACUUUUGUUUCGCUCUAGUUCCGCUCUACUCAUUAUCAUGUCUGUCCCUUUGUGUUUAUUUUUUAAUUAUAUAUAUAAUGUGUAAGUGGGGGGGGAAAUCGUGUUACAGAUCUGGGGUUUUAUCUUAGAUUUGUGUACAAUUUCUUGUGUGGUCUGAUUUGAAACGACUUGCACAGCAAUAUUAUAUUUUU